UCCACUCGAGGGCGCCGGUCGCUCAGUCCAUGGAGGCCUCAACAGGUGCCCGCUAGAGAUGGAGUCCGGCAGCCAAGCCAUGACCACGGAGGCGGGCCUGGUCUUCAGCACCGCCGAAACUUGGAACGCCACCUUUGAGAACAAUUCCACCGAGGAGAUGAAUUCGUUCUACUUCUACCAGACCGAGCAAGUAACAGUCCUAUGGAUCCUUUUCGUGUUGAUCGUUUUGGGAAAUUCAGCAGUACUUGCGGCUUUGUUGCUCGACAGCAAGGGGCGCAAAUCCCGAAUGAACUUCUUUAUCAUGCAUCUUGCAUUUGCAGAUCUCAGCGUUGGCCUCAUCAGCGUGCUGACGGACAUUGUGUGGCGGAUCACUGUCACAUGGCACGCGGGCCAUGUCGCCUGCAAACUCAUCCGAUUUUCGCAGGGCAUGGUGACAUACUCGUCCACAUAUGUGCUUGUGGUGCUCAGCAUAGACCGCUACGAUGCCAUUACACACCCCAUGAAUUUUUCGGGCAGCUGGCGACGAUCUAGGAUUCUUGUGGCAGUGGCAUGGCUGCUCAGCGCUGUGUUUUCCAUCCCUUUGCUAAUACUUUACGAAGAGAAGGAAAUUCAAGGAAAGCUGCAGUGCUGGAUCGAACUGGACCAAUGGCAGUGGCAGGUGUACAUGGUGUUGGUAUCGGUGUCCCUCUUCUUCAUUCCAGCCUUGAUUAUCACAUUUUGCUAUGCGGUGAUUGUGAUCACCAUCUGGUCCAAAAGCAAAAUGUUGACGGGCAAAAAGAAGCGAUGUCAUCGCAAUGGAAGCCACAGAAAUUCCAGCUCUCGUAGCAGGGAAGAUGCAGAUAGCAGGAGAGCAAGUUCCAGGGGGAUCAUUCCAAGGGCAAAAAUUAAGACAGUUAAGAUGACGUUCAUCAUUGUAUUUGUGUUCGUCCUUUGUUGGAGCCCAUACAUGGUAUUCGACCUUCUGCAGGUUUUCGGCCACGUGCCAAACACACAGACAAACAUCGCGGUGGCCACGUUCAUCCAGUCGCUGGCGCCCCUGAAUUCGGCCGCCAACCCGCUCAUUUACUGCUUCUUCUCCACGCCCAUUUGCCGCACGCUCAGGAGGGUACCGCCAUUGAGUUGGUUGAGCAUCUGCUUCCCCGACAUGCAGCGGAGGCGACAAGAGGCGAAUAGUCGUUGCCUGCGCUACGGUGGCACCAACAGCACCACCAUGACUGAGACGAUGACCCAUUUAUCUACAAGAAGGAACGUCCGUCUUGCCGCAAACCAACAAUCGUCAAACUACUGCAGGCAACCUCCACCAAGGGUGGCAGUCACUCUGGUCUAAUAUUGUCCGAAGUAUCUACUGUACAGUCUGAUGUUUUAUAUUUAAAAUUUUAACUUCCAUCGGCUUAAAGAUUUUUCCAAACUUAUUUUUGCAAAUGUUGCGCAAAUUGCUGUGUACCUCAACCUCACCUUAUCAAGGUAAAAAAAACACUGUGUACAGAGAAACUCUGCAGCAAGGAGUGUGCC